UUGUGCUACGUGGAGCAAGCAGAAAAGAAAAAAGGCGGAGGAAAAAGGAGGCUGGCGUCCGCGCCGCUUCUUUGGCCCUCCCUGGCGCCCCCUCCCCCGCCGCCCCUGCCAGCGCGCCAAACCCCAGCAGCUGGAGCAGAGCGGCGGCGGACGCUCCCCGAGUUGCGACUCCCCUGUCCCCCAGCGGAGCGCUGCCUGGAGCUUGGGCGGUCUGGGCCCCGGCGCCGCGGAGCCCUCCCCGCCAGUGCGCGGGACCCCGGCGGGGUGGGCGCAGGGGGCGGCCCUGCUCCGGGCGACAGCCGAGGGGCGGGCGGAGGGCCGGGCUCGGCUGGCUGUGGGGAUCGACAGAGCAGCCCGGGGCCAGCCCGGGGGCGGAGGCAGCUGGACGCGCAGCGGCGGCGGGCGCAGGGUUCAGCAGCUGCCCAGUCCUGUGGGCGCUCAGCGGAUCUCAGUGUCCCUGUGAAUGAUGGGAAACGAUAACAGAGGCCGGAAUGUACACGGUUUCUCCUAGCAUGACCGCGAUCUGAUCAGGAACCGAGGGAAUUUGACUCCUGUGUCUGGUGCUGCAGUGCUGGGGCCUGGUCACCGCCCGCAACUACGGAGCUGCCAUGGCUGCUGCCUUUACUUCCACCCCUGUAAUUUCACAGCCCCAGUUCACAGCCAUGAAUGAACCACAGUGCUUCUACAAUGAGUCCAUCGCCUUCUUUUAUAACCGGAGUGGAAAGUAUCUUGCCACAGAGUGGAACACAGUCAGCAAGCUGGUGAUGGGACUUGGAAUCACCGUCUGUAUCUUCAUCAUGUUGGCCAACCUACUGGUCAUGGUGGCAAUCUAUGUCAACCGCCGUUUCCAUUUUCCUAUUUAUUACUUAAUGGCUAAUCUGGCUGCUGCGGACUUCUUUGCUGGGUUGGCCUACUUCUACCUAAUGUUCAACACAGGACCUAAUACUCGGAGACUGACGGUCAGCACGUGGCUCCUCCGUCAGGGCCUCAUUGACACUAGCCUGACGGCAUCUGUGGCCAACUUACUGGCUAUUGCAAUCGAGAGGCACAUCACGGUUUUCCGCAUGCAGCUGCACACACGGAUGAGCAACCGGCGGGUAGUGGUGGUGAUUGUGGUCAUUUGGACUAUGGCCAUUGUUAUGGGUGCCAUACCCAGUGUGGGCUGGAACUGCAUCUGUGAUAUUGAAAAUUGUUCCAACAUGGCACCUCUCUACAGUGACUCUUACUUAGUUUUCUGGGCCAUUUUCAACUUGGUGACCUUUGUCGUAAUGGUGGUUCUCUAUGCUCAUAUCUUUGGCUAUGUUCGCCAGAGGACUAUGAGAAUGUCUCGGCAUAGUUCUGGACCCCGGCGGAAUCGGGAUACCAUGAUGAGUCUUCUGAAGACUGUGGUCAUUGUGCUUGGUGCCUUUAUUAUCUGCUGGACUCCUGGGUUGGUCUUGUUACUCCUCGAUGUGUGCUGUCCGCAGUGUGACGUUCUGGCCUAUGAGAAAUUUUUCCUUCUGCUUGCCGAGUUCAACUCUGCCAUGAACCCCAUCAUCUACUCCUACCGUGACAAGGAGAUGAGUGCCACCUUCAGACAGAUCCUCUGCUGCCAGCGCAGUGAGAACACCAGCGGCCCCACGGAAGGCUCAGACCGCUCGGCUUCCUCCCUCAACCACACCAUCUUGGCUGGAGUUCACAGCAAUGACCACUCUGUGGUUUAGAAAGGAAGCUAAGAUGAGAAGCAAGCCAUCAUCCACUGAGGGAUGAACAGCCUCCCCCUACCCAAAUGCUAGGGCCAGGUGGCAUGCGAGAGAGAGAGGAGAAAUGAACUCGUACUUAAACACUAACCAAUGGCAGUAUUUGUUCCUAGACCCAAGAAGACUUGAUAUAUAUUGAAAAUUAGCUUAUGUGACAUCCCUCAUCCUGAUCCCCAUUCGUUUUGAAAGUAGAAGGUGGAGAUCUUGCAAUGGAAUUCAUAAAUAGACUCUGGAGUGUCCAUUUAGACUACACUAACUAGGCUUCGAAAGAUUUUGUGUGGUUUGGUGCAAGUCAGAAUAAAUUCUGACUAAUUGAAUCCACAACUUCAUUUAUAUACAGGCUUCCCUUUUUUAUUUUUAAAGGAUACAUUUCAUUUAAUAAACAUGUUUAUGCCUAUCAGCAUGCUUGUGAUGGAUAAGCCUAAGACUGUUUUUACACUACCAUAACUCCAUUUUUUUCCUUAUUUAGGAAAACUGUAAAUUAGAAUUAUUUUUUAGAAAGCAUGCAUAUAAUGUAUGUAUGCAGUAUGCCUUACUUAAAAAGAUAAAAGGGUAUUAAUUUUAAAUCUUCUAGAAAAGAGAAGAACCUAGAUUUCGAAGCCAGUAUUUGUUUAGGUUAUGAAACAAACAAUGCUUUGAUCACAACAUGACCUUUUUUAAAAGUGUUGUAACACAUAUAAAACAGGGGGAAUGUAAAUUUAUUACCAAAAGAAUAUGUACUCUAAGAAAGUCAUAGAAGAUGAAGCAUAGUAAUAUUGUUCCACAUAUUUAUAAUAGCCAAUACAUUCUAAUUAUCAGUACGUCAGAGGAAUUUUUUAAUAGCCUGUGUUUUUCUGUAUUAUAAAAUAAUACAUAGACAUUGUUGUAGAAAACUUGAAAGAUGCAGAAAUGUAUAAAACAGAAAAAAAAUUACUGAUAAUAUCACAACUCAGAAGUAACCACCGUUAACAGCUUUUCCCCCUGUGUAUGCCUAUAUGUAUAUUAUAUACCUUUUUAUAUAAUUGGGAUAAUAUUGUAAACAAUUUUAUAACCAGUUUUUUUUUUCCACUGCAGAAUUGCCACGUUUUCCUGUGGCAUUAAAAAUUUUACAAAAACAUAAUUUUAGUGGUUAUAUAAUACUCCAUUUAAUGGGCGCAACUCAGUUUAUUUAACCAUUCCCAUAUUGUUGACUACUUAGGUUAUUUCUAAUUUUCACUAUUAUAAAUAAUGUUGCAAAACUUUUGUAUAUAGAAAACUUUGUCCAUGUAAUUGAUUAUUUUACUUAGGACAUAUUCCCAUGAAGGAUUUUUUUAAAAUGUGAAAUGUCUUUUUAUGCUCUUACCUUUUAUAAAAAGGGAUUUCUUGCUUUGUACCGCAUUGGUGGCAAUUGUGAGGAAAGCCAGUUAAAUUACCUUUUUAGAAAGGAAAUACAGUGGUUUCUUUAGUUUAGAGUGACUUUUUUUAUAUAACAAGAUGGCCUAGAAACAGUCAACUGUCAUAAAUAACCAGGGCACCCUGGUUAAUAUGUCUAGCAAUUCCAAAUUUUGUUUGAGGGACUGAUUCUCAGCUGUUGGUAGCCAUGACUGUCAUGUAGAAUUGGAGAAAAUGCAAAGAAAUCAAACGUGCCGAGUGUAGAAAGGAUCUUCAUAUUAAAUAGCUUGGACCCUUCUGUAUCAGGCAAGUAGUGUGUGUCAGUGUGUGACUGGAUGCCAUGCAUUAUCUACGUAAGCUAGUAAUUGCACCAGUUUGUUAUAGUAAGUAACCAGCUAAGCCACAGUCAUGAAGCAAGUAUGGGAAAGUCAGGAGUACGUUUAAGAGAAAGAUGUCCAGAAGAAAAAUGGUUGUGUAGGAAGGGGGAAGUCAGUGCAUGGGCACCAUUCGAGCAGAGGGCAGACUUGUAAAGUGCCCAAAGUGAAAAGAAUGUGAGGAACCAGUUAGCAGAAAGAUGUUUGCACAUACUUUAUACAAACUACAGAGCAUCUUAUAUUGGAAGUGAAAGCAAUGAACUUGGACUUUUACUCAUGUGCAUAUAUUCUGAAGGCAAUAUGGACUAUUUGAAAUUAAAAACAUACUAAUUGGACCUUAAUAAAUCAUUCUCAAUCCGUGUUUUGGUAAUGUGUGGUUCUGGUCAGUGCUGUCUCUCUUGUUGGAGAGUCUUCCGGUUUGAAUUGCGUGGUGCUUUCCUUCUGUGACCUCUUUUAUUUCACUGCCAUGAGGGCCAGUGAACUUUGAGGUGAAGCCGUCAUAUGCUUCCCCAGCUCAGAACUGCUUUUUUCAACCUAACAAGUCUUUCCAGUGUCCAAGAGACGGUGGUUAAUGUUGUACGAAAGGAGGGAUAACAUCUUAGGACAAUACUUUACUUCAGUGGUGAAACUGUUAGAAUGAGUGUCUUUUGGAAAAACUCUGAUUUUAUAAAAGCUUAUGAUGACUUAAUGGAAAAUGCUCACUAGGAGUUUAUCAAGUUACAAUGGUCUUUCUGCUUAUAGAUUUAAUAACGAGAUAAAAGUGAUAAGUAUCUUGCAGUUAUAUGCUAAUUGUAUUCUUUUCAAUAUAUUGCUAAGAGGUUGGAAAAAGAUAGGUUUAUGUAAAUGAAUGCCUCCAUGAGUACUGGAAGAGAAUGCUGAAUCUUAAUUUUAGGUGGAUGUAAGAUUGUUAGAAAUCAAAUGUUUUGGAGCUCUUCUUCACAAAUUACCCACUUCUCACAUAUUGCUUUUUUUUUUUUUUACUAGUGAAACCAUAAUUUCCUACACCCAAAACCUCAGCUAACAUUUUAUAAUUAGUCUUGUCAGUUUUCCCAUUCUCGUUCCCAAUUAACUAUUACUUUAGGUUCCACUGUUCAUCUUUCUAAUUUAUUCUAUUAGUCUCUCCACUGCUGAAAUGUAAUUUUGUGAUAUUGUUUCUAGCCUUUCUUAAACCCAGAGUGUGACAUGUGCUAGAUAAAAGGCAUAGAAAUGCUUCUUUAUCAGGUCCAUUCAUUAUACCAAGGUCGGCAGAACGUUUUUAUGUCAAGAUCUUUUGAAACAAAUUGCUUGUUUUUUAACACCAAUUGAGCAUCACCUGAUUCCAAACCCUUGGAAGGACUGGGGUUUGUGUAUGGGGAUUGGCUUGGAUUUAGGGACCAUCUAACAGAAGAAAUGUGUGUAACUUGGAGCCAGAAUGGGUCAUCAGUCUUCCAAAGCAGGGAGCAUUCAUUUUAUAAUAUUCACCUGUACAUUGUGUAGUCUAUGUAUAAAAUUCUCUAAUUCUUUCCUUAAAUUAUAAGAUUCCUAUUCAUAGAUUAUUUACUAAUAAUCUAUUUAAUGAUGUGGCAUGUUAAGACCAAAAUCUAAAGCAGAGGCUAGCGAACUAAGACUUAAUGGCCAAAUCCCUCUCUUUUUUUUUCCCUUUGGUGAGGAAGAUUGGCCUUGAGCACAUGUGUUGCCAAUCUUCCUCUUUUUGAU